UCACGUGCAGUUUGUUCCACAACGAUGUUCUUAACAUAGCAUAAACAUUAGUCAAAUAAAUAUAGACCCAUAAAGUUAAACAAACUAAAUGAUAACAGUUUUUAAUCAAAAUGACUGUUUCACGCACUAGCCGUCGAAUCAGAAAGUGACAAGCUAGGGAUGUAGUGAGUGAUAAUCACACCUUAAUCGUUUCGGAUUUUAUACAACUAUAUAUGUGUUGUGAUGUGUAAUUAGUGAGCUAUGGUGGUAUAAUGUAAGCCAUGGUGAUAGAAUGGUUGCUGCUACUGUCUUUCUUAAUGUUCCCGCUGUUAGCAAACCCUGCAAGUAAGGAGAAACUGAAAUUAGAAGAACUAGAAGUAGUCCUGGGAUCAAUGGCUGUACUUCCGUGUGAUCUGGUCCCACCAGAGGAUGACGACAGCGUAGCUCUAGUCAUCUGGUACAAAAACGAUGACAAGACUCCUAUAUACAGUUUGGAUGUCCGUGAGAGGGAUCUACAGAAGGGUAUCCACUGGGCGGAUGGUGACCUGGAAGGCCGCGCCUCCUUCUCCAGUGACCUCUACCAAGCUGCCCUAACUCUGACCAACUCUCGGGGUUCUGACUCUGGUGUCUACAAGUGUCGGGUGGACUUUAAACACUCGCCUACUAGAAACAGCCUUGUCAACGUUUCUGUUAUAGUUCCGCCGGAAGAUAUCCAUCUAGAAGACUCAGACGGAGCUCUAAUCACUUCCAGAAGUCUAGGUCCACUACCAGAGGGCACCCCUCUCCGCCUUACGUGCAUAUCAGCUGGGGGUGUGCCAACUCCUCGAGUGACGUGGUGGUACAACCUGACUCUGGUAGACGACACGUACGAUGUACUACCAGACGGCAGAGUACAGAAUGUGCUCACGUUCGAUAAGACUGAGCGAGAACAUCUACACGCCGUCCUUACAUGCCAAGCUCUCAACAGCCCUUUUGUCGUGCCUAAAUCCACUUCAGUCACAAUCGACUUAUACAUUGGUCCCCUGGACGUGAGACUGCUGGGAGAGAACCUCCCUAUGAGUGCUGGGUCUGAGUACGAGGUAGCCUGUCAGACCUCGGGGUCUAAACCGCCCGCCACACUUACGUGGUGGAAGUCUGGCGUACCUCUACACGUACCGGCGAGGGAAGUGUCCAGUAUAGAAGGCAACGUGACCACCAGCACCAUAAGACUGAGGCCAAGCAAGGAAGAUCACGGUGCCAAGCUGAGUUGUCGAGCUACCAACCCAAGAGUGCCCAACAAGGCGUUGGAAGCAUCAUGGACUCUUGACGUUUAUUUCGUACCAGAAGCAGAGGUGGUGCUGAUUAGGGCUGACAACAGGACCCAGAUAAUAGAGGGGAUGUCCGUCGUGCUGGAGUGCAGAGUAACGGCAAACCCAGCUGCCACUGCUGUUAGAUGGAUGCACAAUAACGUGGAGAUGCAAGACUCCAUGAACCACCAAGUGACGUCAAACAAUAACCACUCUCUGUCGUUGACCUUUGUCACAAGACAAAACAGCGGACAAUACUCUUGCAGUGCUGAGAACAGUGAGGGUGUGACCAACAGCUCACUACUCAGUCUCGACGUUAAAUACUUGCCCAAGUGCUCCAGUCCUCAACAGAGAGUAUUCGGUGCGUCCCUGGAGGAGGCUGUCAACCUCACCUGUGCCACAGAGGCCAACCCUCCAGCUGUCAGGUUCUGGUGGAGACAUGACGUAGAUGGUGUAGUGACCAACGCCAGUGAUACCACUAGUGUGGCCCUGGCACCUGGUGAUAGUGAGGUUACAGUCAAGUGCUGGGCGGAGAACUCCAUAGGGAACCAGACUGAACCCUGCUCCUUCAUGGUGGUCCUUGCCAGCAGUCCCGAACCUCCGAGCAACUGCAGUGUGCCGGGCCUUGGUGAGACUUGGCUCACUGUGGAAUGUGUUGUCGGGAGUGAUGGUGGACUACCGCAGACGUUUGAGGCUACAGUCUCACUAAAUGAGAGACUUGUGGCGAACGUUAGUCGAUCUGGCUCUGCGCUCUUCUCUAUUACAGGAUUAGAGCCAGGAACACAAUACGUUAUAGCCGUACGUGCAAUAAACAACAAAGGUGCCAGUGAAGAAGUCUUCAUUAAAGCAGCUACUACUGGGAGACUUUUGACUCAGAGGAGAACUACUUCAUCAGAGUCUUUGUCUAGCAGCAUAGAAUCCACCAUUAUGCUGGGAGUCGGAUCGUUUGUAUCGUGUAUACUAGUAGUCAGUCUGCUGCUUGGGGCCUCACUUAUAGUAAAGAGACAUCGCCAGAGACUACACGAGAUUUCGAAUAUCGAAAAGAAGAAUGAAAUACUGGCCAAAACCGACUCAUGCACACUCUCAGACGACGACAAGAACCCCGACAUUAUACCUUGUAGUACUGAACUGACGGUGGUAGAGGUACCAGAGACAUUAGACCCAUCGCAUUGGGAGAAUACACUAGUCGUUAACUCUGUACCUCUGCAUAUAGUCAACACACAAACUGUGCCUUGUUUACAGACAUGGGGUGUUGGUGAGUGGGAGGAGGACUCAAGCAUAAUCCAUAGACAUGUGGAAACUCAGACACCUCAAAACGUCUUGGAAAGUGUAGUUUAGGAAAGAUAGAUCGACCAGAUAAGAGCUUAUACACAGACCUGAUCAUCUGCGCCGAGUUUAAAGGUUGAAACAAUUUGUAUCCGAAGUAUUUCUGACUGCAAAUAUAUUGAGUUAUAACUAUAUUAUGUUCUUAAGAAAGAUCAGCAGUACUUUUGAAUUCGAACAAUCUGUAUCUACUCUUCUUUAGGUGGAUAAAAAAUAGUUGAACAUAUGUUAUUCAAUAAUAACUAUUGCCGACUUUUUGAUCGUGCACGGCUUGCUUUUUUGUAUACCAAAAUUUCCACCUCUCGUAUAAAUAUAGUUGAUAUGUUCCCAGUGAAGUGUGCAAAUGAAAACACUUCUACAGUAUAAAAAGUAUGUCUUUAAAAAUGUGAGAAGAGACUGAUAUCCGUGAUGUCUAGUAUUAUAUCAUUAAAUUUACUUUAUUAUCAUACAAAUACUCUUAUCACAUUCAUGAACCGCUCAAAAUUUACAAAUAUUUUAGCCAAUUUGAUUGGUCUAGUAUAUGCAAAAUUAAUAAGGGUGAUAAUUUGUUAUGACGUAGAAGGCUCUAAAAUGUAUAGUGAAUUUUUUAACAUUUGUACUUAUGUUUUAGUUGUAAAUA